GUUUUAAUUUUCAACUAAUAAGUUCAUGCAUUUAAAACUGAAAGACACUUUGGAAACAAUAAAAUAUUUCCAGGAUUGUUCAAGGAAACAUUUAUUUAAGGUCUUCAAACUUUUUUCCUUGUUAGUAUUGGUGACAAACCAUCAGAAGAAUUAUUUAAAAAAAGUUGAUGGGAUAGCAUGUGGGUUAUCAGGUCACUGAAAACCAGGGAACAAGCCCUUCCAUUCUGUAAAAGGUUUGCCCUUUUGUUUAACAGAUUUCGCAGAGUUUUUCACAUGUAAAAGUUCAUGCUUUUGGUAUUCCCUGAUCAUUUUAUAAAAAGGAUAAAUUGCGACUUUGGGUUUUUUUUUUCUUUGGCUAUCCCUUACAUGAUUUCCAUGGAAAACCAGCAUUGGGGGCUCUACUUUCUAGCAUUUUGUCUAGUUUUGAAUUGAAGACAUCUUUCAACCUUUUAUUCUUUGAAUGCCUGGAAUUUCAGUUCCAGAGGUAAAGAAAGAAACAAGUUCCUCAGCUAUGGAUGAGAAGGGAAUCUCUGGUUCAUAUCCAAUUUUCUCCGAAGACAAAAAGGAUAGCUUGUAUCCAAUGUAUAUUGGUGUUUCUUGUGCCUUUUUUGCUCUCAGACUCCUUACAGGACCCGAAAAGGAAGAUGAGAAAUGGUCUGAAUCCCGAGAUAAAAUGCUUCAUGGAAGUGCUCAACUCUUGGGAUUGCUUAUAUGGAGAAUCCAGAGAGAAGAAGCCAAUGAAGCACAGUGCGAGCUUCUCCGAAAGCUCGAGAUUGCUAAGAUAGAGAUCGAGGAGUUAAAGAAAAGGAGACAUGAAGAUGCAAAGGCAAAUGAAAAGGUUGUGAGCAUCUUUGCAUCUCAAGAGCAAGGAUGGUUAAUGGAAAGAAAGUCACUUAGGCAGCAAAUCGGAGCUCUUUUAAAUGAAUUAAGAGUCCUUGAGAAAAAGAAAGACCAAGAAAUCGAUGACUUGAACAAAAAGUUGAAUGAAAUGGAGAUGGUGGUGGAGUCUAAGGAUAAGGUAAUUGAAGAAAUGGAGCAAAAGGGGAAGGAAUUAGAAGAAAAGGUAAUGGAAUUUGAAAGUAUUGCGGAAGAGUUGAAGGAAGCUGCAAAAUGGGAAGCUCAAGAGCAUUCUAAUGAGCUUUGGAAGCACAAAACUGCCUUUAUCGAGAUCGUUUCAAACCAACGGCGACUUGAAGCAGAGAUGGGGCGAGCCUUUAGAGAAGUUGAAGCUACAAAGCUGGAGCUUGAUGCAGUCCUAGAGCAAAAAGAGGAGUCAGUUUUGUUGGCUCAAAAUUUGUCCAUGGAAAUCGCGAAAAUGCGGAAGGACUUGGAACAGAAAGAUAAGGUCUUGUCUGCAAUGCUGAGGAAAACUAAGUUGGAUACCGCAGAGAAGCAAUUGCUUUUGAAGGAGGUUAAAGUAUCAAAGACAAAGAAGAAACAAGCUGAACUAGAAACAGAAAGGUGGAGGGCAGUAUCUGAGUCUAGACAUGAGAGACAUUCAUUGAAGGCCAUGUUUGCUAACCAAGCCAGUGCAAAAUUAGAUGCUUCCUUUGGUGCUAAAGAGGUUUCUAACUCUGCCAAAACCAGAUCACUGCCGACUGAUGCUGGUUUUGAAUAUGACCUUUCAGAGCUAAAAACAGACCCAGCGAUCUGUUCUCCUCUUAUGGAUUGUAACUCCCCAGAAAUGAGUGAGGAUUGGGUGAUGACAACUGAUGUCAAAAGGUUGGAACAUUGGGUUCGAGAUGAAGCAGAAAAGUAUGCAGCUGUCAUUGAGAAGAGGCAUCAUUUGGAACUGGAUGCCUUUGCAGAACAAAUGAGACUGAAAGAUCAGAAGUUAGAGGCUUUUCGUUGGCGGCUACUGAGCAUGGAACUAGAAUCAAAGCGGAUGCAGUCCCAUGCUGAAGGAUUGAACCAGGACAUGUCACAACUGAGACAGGACAAUAUGAAAUUAGAAGCCUUGCUACUGGAAAAAGAAGAAGAAUUGGACUCCUUGAAGGAACAGCCUUUGAGUUGUCACAAGAACAACCUAAUAAACUUAUCUCUGCAUGAUCCAGCAUUAUUAACACAUGAUACAGUUUGGCCCAAUGUGAAGAUUAUAAAGAAAAAAUCAACCGACAAGGAGCAAGAAACAAACACAACAUUGCUUGAUGAGUCUCAAGAAAUCCCAUCAAACAAGGAGACCAAAAACAUCAGAUUGAUAGUCCAAGUACCCGAAAAGGAAUUCAAAGAACAGAAAGAAACUCCUAAACCAGAUCCAGUCGAGAAAGAAACUAAUAGUUCGGCACUAGCCGGUUCAGUUGAAUUACCUAGGCAGUCAUUGAGUAAAACCAAAAGUACCCUAUGGAGGAUGGAUCUUCAAGCUCUUGGAGUUUCCUACAAGAUCAAAAGGCUGAAGCAACAACUUCUCUUGCUCGAGAGGUUAACAGGAAAGCAAGAAACUGGAGAGGACACGGAAGGAAGCAGCGACAAUGGGAUGAAAGGCUUUCUAUUGUCUAUAUCUUUGCUAAACAAACAAGUCGGCCGCUAUCAGUCCCUUCAAGGGAAGACCGAUGAUCUCUGUAAACGGAUGCACGACAAUGACAUAGACGUGAACCAAGGAGAUUGUAGUAGUACUAAAAAAAGCAAAGGAGAUACUAGAAAACUAGAACAUUACCUUGAGGAGACAUUCCAACUGCAGAGAUACAUGGUUGCAACAGGCCAAAAGUUAAUGGAAAUUCAACCCAAAAUAGUCUCUGGGUUCAUCGGGGUGGAGCUAGAUAAGGUACAUACCAUUGACAUGAAACGGUUCUCCGAUAAUGUAAGAUCUUUGUUUCAGGAAGUUCAAAGAGGUCUCGAGGUUCGUAUAGCUCGAAUCAUCGGAGAUCUUGAAGGGACAUUGGCUUGUGACGGAAUGAUACGUUUUAGAAGGUAAUAUCAUAUCAUAUCAUGUAAGAGCUAUAAUACCAAGUUCUUCCUUGAACUCUGUAUUCCAACAUAUACAAGUUAGUCAAUACAAUUUACUGCAACAUGAAUAAUUUUGAAUUUUACUUAA